GAAGGACCGCACACACACACACACACACGCAUACACACAAACAUACGCAGGCUCAGCGACAAACUGCGGAUAAACGUUGAAGUGUUACACGACUAAGUGUGAUUUCACCUGCUCCUCUCAUCCAGAUGUUCCUCUCGUUUCUGUUGGAAACAGGCGCAGGUGGUUUCGGUUGAGAGAAAUAGUUUGAACUGUCGCUGGAAAGUUUUGUCGCAGUUUUCUUCUUUUUUGGGGGUCAGUAACCUGCGGAGAAAGAAAAGACGGAUUUACCGUAAACUGGGGAUUUACCUGGUGGUGCCAGCGUGUUAACAGCUGUUUAUUUUGCGCAUCUGAAGUUAUUUUAUUCUUUUUUUACACACACAUAUAUAUAUAUAUACUUCUUGAAAGAAGAGAGGAAAAAUAGGACAAAUUCAGGCCAACAGAGGGCUCACACAACCUGCAAGUCAAGGAAGGAGACAGAUCAUCUGCUAUUGCCCUUUGCAUCUCACUGUAUACAGAUGUAUGUCGAGAAAGUUGUAACAGAGAAGAAGAUGGGGAGCAAGGGCAUCUCUCUGACCUGUGUGUUGACACCCUGCCGGGUGAUGGGCAUGUGUCUGGUACUGAUGAUCUUGGGAGCUGUUGGAGCAGCCGUUUGGGCCGUAGUUACGUUUUGCACAAUGGAGGAAGAUACAGGAUUAUAUGACAUUCAGGUAAAUUCUGCUGACCAGCGUCUCAGAGUCUUUGACUCCCCCCAGAAGAAGUGGCGUCAGGUGUGUUCCUCCUCAGCCAACGAACAGCUUGCGAGCAUCAGCUGUGAAGAAGUGGGCUUUGUCAGUGUGGUGAAUUACUCGGUCACAUCAGUGCCAGAGGCCAGUGGAGAUGGCGGAGAGUUCUUUUGUGUGAGACAGGAGGAGCUCAGCUACGGCAAGAAGAUUAAGGACUCAUUGUUUCCAUGUGACUGUGAGAGCAGGGAGGUUCUCACACUUUUGUGCCAAGACUGUGGCAGACGCAGUUUUGCAGCAGACCGUAUAGUUGGCGGUGUGGAUGCGCGGCAGGGCAGCUGGCCGUGGCAGGUCAGCUUACAGUACGAUGGAGUUCAUCAGUGUGGAGGAUCCAUCAUCUCAGACCGCUGGAUUGUCUCUGCAGCUCACUGUUUCCGCGAACGGAUCCGCUUUGUGAAUCGCUGGCGUGUGCUGCUGGGCUCAAUAUACAAUAAACCAGUCAAUGCCAACGUGGCGGAGGUGAAGACCAUCGUUUAUCACAGCAGCUACCUGCCCUUCGUAGACACCAACAUCGACGACAACAGCAGGGACAUCGCUGUUUUGGCCCUCACACAACCACUCACUUUCAAUGAAUACAUCCAGCCUAUUUGUCUGCCAGCGUAUGGUCAAAGACUGAUAGAUGGACAGAUGGGGACAGUAACAGGCUGGGGAAACGUUGGCUACUAUGGUCACCUGGCAGAUGUUCUCCAGGAAGCACAUGUCCCCAUCAUCAGUGACACUGUCUGUAACGCUGCAGAUUACUAUGACAAUCAGAUCACCACCAGCAUGUUCUGUGCUGGUUAUGAGAAAGGAGGCACUGAUGCCUGUCAGGGAGACAGCGGUGGUCCUUUUGUGGCGGAGGACAGUCAGUCUAAGGCCAUUCGAUAUCGUCUGCUGGGGGUGGUGAGCUGGGGAACAGGUUGUGCCAUGGCAAAGAAACCUGGCGUCUACACCAGAGUGUCACGGUUUCUUCCCUGGAUAUCCACUGCCAUGAGGAACUAUCACAAUUCACCAGGGGUUCACAAAAUGGCCCGGAUAUGAGAAUACUGCACCACUUUUUCUAGAUAAAAAUAUGGACAAAUCCUGUUUAUGUCAAUAGGGAGUCUUAUGAUGGGGGGGUGGCGAGUUUAGACCCCCCCCCCCCCCCCCUUCUCCUAAUACUGAGGAUCUUACCACUUCUUUUCCCUGUAGUAAAAAAUGUAAACUAGUGUCAUCCUUCAUAAUGGUCAUAAUGGUCAUUUAACUUUUUUUGUUGUGAGUUCAUGCACUAAAGAGAUCACGUGGCUCAGAUUGAGGUGCACUUAUUCAAGGGUUAAUGAAACCUCCACAAAAAAACAAAAACAUAUCUAAAUGAUAACAAAGGUGGAUGUUCUUUCCCUAUCAUCAAGGUACAAGUGAGUAUUAUCACACACUAUGGUUCUUUUUGACUUCAUGUGUCCAAUUACUUUCAAACCUUUAUGUGUUUUUGUACAUUUAAGCAGAUACUUAGCACCUUAAUUUUUUGUUUAUUUCAGAAUAAAUGUUCUGAGCCUAAAGAACAAAAACAUGAACCUGUCCAAACUCUUAAAGGCCAAAAGUGAUAUAUUAUCGGAAUUUAUAUACUGGAUUUAAGAUGAAAUACAAUGAUGUUUUUGCAUUUUUGCAUUUGUUUGCAUUGUAAAAAGCAACAGAAGUAAAUUGAAAUAAGCCAUCUAUAAUCUAUAGCAAAGACUAUAGAUUACAAUAAGAAACUAAAAGACUUGUCACAGUUAUUAUUUUCUUGUUCUAACUGAGUCCGUUUUUAGAUCAUUUUAACAAAGAUCAGAAAAGCUACACUGUGCAACACAGAGUGUAAAAUAGCAGUAAUUUUGUGUAAUUCUAAGAUUACACAACAGCACAACAGAUGAUGGCUUUUCACAUAGUAGAGACGUGUAGGCUUUUCAAACUCUUGUGUGAAUAUAAUGUGGUUUUUAUAUCAUGAAUAAUCAUUCACACACGCGUUUAUCUUCACCAAAUCUCUAUGGUUGAGAUAUACUGAGAAAGAUAAUGCCCACAUUCAAAUCAAUAUUUUGCCUUGUUUUGUAAAUAUUGGUCAGUGUGUUUUUUUUUUCUUUCUUAUGUAGAUGCUUAUGUCAGACCCAGAUCUUAAAGCCAGGAGUGCAACAACAAUAUAAUUAAUGUCCUUAUAUGAUAAAAUAUACCCUUUCCUGCAUAUUUUAGAAAACUCUUUUACUGUAGCUGUGUGAGUACCUGUAGCAAACACUGAAUCUUUGCCCUGCACCUGGCCCAAAUAAACAAUGAAAUGUGACUGUCUUCAAAAUAAAUUUGAAUAUUUUUUAAAAUUUC